AUGGCUGCCCCCUGCGCCAGUUUCGACCCCCAGCGAAACGGCUCAGCGUUGAGCCGCCUUGAGGCAGCCUUCACGUCCAUCACCAAGCUCAACGCGAGGAUGCCAGGAGAUACGUGGGCAGAGUAUCAAGCAAAGCUGCGCAAGAGUUUCUCGCAGCCCUCGAUUCAGGGCAUGAACUUUAACAAGCUACUCAGCAGGAUCGGAAGCAUUGUCUUCCUCGGCGAAGAAUCGAAUGUGCUCAACUAUGAGCAUCACAGGGAUUUCGACAGAUUGCGUGCGGCGGCGAAGCUAUGCGUAUGGCUGGCUGCAAUGACCAAGGACCCUGCAGAGCGGGAGAAUGGUGGAUUGGCUGAGAAAUGGGCACAGCACAGAUUGAGGGACAUUGACUACCUUGAAGAGCUGUCAAAAACGGAGGAGAGGUUCUCUGCUUUGGAAGCUUUAGAGGAGGAAGAAGCAACUGCUGCUGGGGAGACAGAGACCACACAUGCAGAGAUGUGAGCGUGUCUCCGGAAGGAACAGAAAAAGAAACAGCGAGGACGAACGGAAGACGAGCUAUUGAAUAAAGAAGUUGAGAUCUAGGUAGCUUGUGUGGGUUGUCGGGGCGAUGCUCAGCAAUGGACUUGGUCGGAUGGUACCCCAUAUUGACGCGGUAAAUGAAUGCACGUGACAGCGCGUCAAGGCACGAUGCGCUGGAGCGCGACAGGCAGGGUUCUUG